AUGGAUAAUAAGAACAGAGUUCUGUUGCAACACCACCAGCAGGACGUGGUCAGGGAUCUAGACGUGACGUACAUCCUCGACGAGCUGUUCACCAAGAACGCGAUAUCCAACGAGGAUUUCGAUAACAUCUACAAGUUGACUAGCCGUGCCGAUCGGACCCGGUACCUAAUCGACACACUCUUGCAAAAUGGUACGAACAACAGUUACGAGGUGUUCGUAGAUAGUCUGGCUAAGGACUGGCAGUGGCUGUACAAGAAAUUCACGGACGAGACCAACGAGGCGAUGCUGAACGAUAGUUUCGAGGACGGACUCAGUAGAGGAGACGUGCCAAGACUGCCCGAUCAUUACGUGAGAAGAGUUGCUGUGGAGCAAGAAGUCGCUGUGAAAUUAAAGGUGCUAAAUCGUCAUAAAAUAUUAGCCUUGCAUGGCAUGCCUGGUUGCGGUAAGACGACGGUGGCGAUCAGUGUGCUUAGGACCAAUCCUGACCUUAUAACGAACAACUUCAAUGGAGUGGUGUUCUGGCUCAACUUUGGCAAUUGUAAAACUGAAGAUGAUAUCACCGCAAUGCAAAACAAAUUAUACCGGAAAGCAUCUUCAAUCUAUUCACAAAACUCUUACAUGAACUCUUCUAUUUCGAUGUCAAGCAUUGGCUCGAAUGCCGACAGCCAUUCCUUCUACGACUGGUCGUGGCAGGACAUGAGGGACCGGCUCAAAUCUCAAUUCCUGGAACAGACGUUGAAAGAGUGCUUGCUAGUGUUGGAUGAGGUGAAUGAGAAAAAAUGCUUAGAGGCCUUCGAUAUCGGCUGCAAGAUACUGAUCACAACGCCUGACACUGAUGUUGUUUUGAAUUUCCAAGCACAGAUUAUUAAGGUAGAAAACAAUUUCACCGAAAAAGAAACAUUGGAGCUUUUCGCCUCAUGUCUAGACCAACCUGUGUCUCAGUUACCGAGGCAAGCAAAGAAACUUCACGAAAUAUGCAAAGGAAGUCCAUUCCAUAUAGCUCUGAUUGGCGCUCAGUUAACAGAAAACAAAGAACGAUUCAAACAUGAUCAAAAGUAUUGGAACUAUUAUUUGAAUAAAUUAGAAAAGAGGGAUUUCUUUUUCUUGUCAAGACACCAUGAUAAUCCAAAGAAAGCUGUCGAAGUGUGCAUAAAUCUUUUACAACCGGACAUACUAGCACUGUUCAAAAUGCUUACAGUGUUGCCAGACAACGUCAAAGUGUCCGCCAAAGUGUUAAGUAAAUUAUGGAACAAAGAAUUGGCAGAAGUCGAGUCCAUAAUAAAACAAUUACGUAGCAAAUCACUUAUUAUAGAAUUCUAUGAUCGAGAGCAAAGGAAUUAUAUUUAUGAAAUACACGUUUUUAUUAUGGAUUAUUUGAGAACUUGCUGGACUGAGGAAGAACUGAAAAAACUACAUGGUGAUUUCCUCAAAAGCUACCAUUAUGAAAAUGUCAAUAGUGUUCCUUUAGAUAUAGUAGACGAUGGUUACAUUGCCUUCUACAUUGGUUACCAUAUACUGAAUACGAAGAAUUUGAGCAAUAAAUGGAGCUUAUUCAACAAAUUGUUUUUAGAUUUGAAAUUUUUGGGCAAUAAAGUGAGAUUAACUGGACCAGCUGAUGUUAUUAUGGAUCUGCAAAAAUAUGAAACCUAUAUUGCGGAAGAUACACUAGACAAAGAGCUUUUAUACAGUAUCAAAGCUUAUCUCAGUACGCACGGCACAGACCUUUACCGGUAUCCAUAUACCGACAUUGUGCAGAGCAUACUGCAGCAUGAAUCCAAAGGCAUCCUUUAUACCAAAGCCUCGGCCAUUGCGCAGGAGAGAAGCUCCAUCAACGAGCUUUAUUUUGAGUUCUUGCAUGAGCAAAAUGUGGAAGAAAUAAAACAUUCCACCAUAGACGUAAAGGAAAUCAUUACAGCAGUCUGCUUUCUCGGUGAUUAUGUCCUCAUUGGAACUGAUUCGGGUGUUAUCAAGUUCUUCCACAUUUCAACCAAUAGAUUAGAAAAAGAGUUACCUGGUAAAGGGUCUGCAAUUGAAUGGAUUGGUGCGUGUCCCAUGAACCCUCCUAUAGUAGCGGCACUUGAUUCAACUGGGUACAUAACAAUAUGGUAUAUUGAUGACAUCGACCAGGAAGAUACCGACGAUAUCAUAGAAGAAGAGUCAGAAGAAGCGUUCAAUAAUAACUACGCGAACGUCGUAUCAAUACCACCUAAAAUAGGUCCAUUCCUCAACUGCCGCUGGGCCAACAACGAGGAAACUCUUAUAACGCACACAUCCAAAAUGAUCAUUUUAUACGACCCUAGCGGGAAAGUGCUCAAAGUUCUAGACAACUUCGGACGGGACCGUGAUAUAGUGUGCUGUGUUCCGUGCAAUAAUGAUAAGCAGGUGAUAAUUGCAACAAACGGAACGCACUGCUUGGAAAUCGUUGAUUUGACCACUAAAGAGAAGGUUAUGUCAUUUGAAGAAUCAGAUGCGGUGAAGAAUAUUUUGACUAUUCCUGGUUGCAACAGAAUAAUAACGCUAUCUGAAGGUGAAAUUAAAGAGCAUGAGUACAAAUUGACGACAGGCUCGUAUCAGAAUGUGUGCAAUGUGUAUAUAUGCAGAAAGGUGAUGUCCAGUAACGACAUCAAGGAGAAUGUGUGUUUUAUAUCGAUGGCAGUAAACAAGUCUGGCUCACUCCUGUUCGUUUCCACUGACGAUAGUAGAGUUAUUUGUGUUGAUCUCAAGACAAACUCGAGGGUGUUCGAUCUUGAUAACAGGAGAGGGAAUGUGAUGUCGAUGGCUGUCAGUGAGGUCAUGAUGUGGGAUGAUUUCAUGCCUGGCUCUGAUGUCCUGCUUACUGGGACUGGAACAAUAGAGAACUCAGCCAAAGUAUGGUUCUUGGACGCUUCUUACGUCUCGCAAAACACUCAUAAAAACAGCAAAGUUCGACUAACGACAACAUUCGACGUGAGUUUCGUUGGUGCUUUAUCGCCCCAAACUCCAAGCACUACUCCCAACAAUGGGUCACAAAGCUACGACAACACGCCCAAACGCCACAAAUCUUUUGUCACGCAUAAAGAGAUCGAAAAGAAGCUCGCCAAGAAAACUAUGAGCUUGGAUAGACAUAACUUGAAGCCAUUAAAUUUGAAAGGUAUUUGUAAUGGAAACAACGACGGAGUGAUACAGCCCUUGCUGGCUGUUGUCGAUGAUAAAAACAAUAUACAGAUAAUGCGCGGAAGGAAGCUGCUAACAGAAGUAUCACCUAAAACGGACGAUCAAAUUACGGCUGUGAACAUUUCACCAUGCAACCAAUACAUUAUAUACGGGCUUAGUAAUGGGAUCGUGACGAAGUACGCGCUGAGAUCCAAAGAAACUAAAGACAUCAUCGACGUGUACAGCCCCGUGCAAUAUAUGAACUUCGUGAAUCCCAACUUGUUGAUAGUGGCGGGGAAAAAUAGGUGCUUAAUGGCAUACCGUUUUACGAGCGAGGGCGAUUGGAAGUCUGAGAUGUUGCAGCGAGGGAAUACGCAUCUUGGCUCGCAGGAGAUCCUGAAUGAUAUACAAGGCUUUAAAAAGAAGAUCAGUCCAGAAAAAAUGUCCACAUCGAGCAGCGACGCAAGCAUCAACUCCAGAGAUCGCUUGUUCCCUAAUGGCGAUACGAAGGGACGCCUAUGUAAAGCAAGCAGCUUGGUCGAUUGUUUCUGGGUCCCAGAUGUGGGAUUAAUAACUGUAGAAAAUAACGCCACAAUCAAACUGUGGGACCGUAACUUGCAAGUUGCAUGCAUACUAAAUGGAAGGCAAACGGAUGUGUACGUGAACUGUGCGGCUUUCCAAAAGAAUAUACUUGUGAUCUGCGACGAUUAUAAUAAGGGGUUUCAGACUUUCGAACUUAAAAUUGGCGAAAGGGUGGAGUUGCAAAGUAUACAAGAAUACAGGUUGAACAACCGUAUAGUGUCAUGUGACCUCACAGCCGACGGUAGCUUGCUGGCUAUGGGGCUAGAUUCCGGCGAUGUCAUAGUAUGGCACGUAACCAACCAACGCCAGUUAAGGUUCAUAAAGCACCAUAAAACAAAGGUGCAGUGGUGUUGCUUCUCUCCAGUUCCUGAACGUUUGUCCAGGAGUAGCACAUACUCCCCAUCCCCCCAAUCAAACCAGCUCCCAACAUUCGUAGAGGAAGAUGAACAACCGCCCUUGGUGUUAGUGACAAUGGCUUCGGAGAUUGUCUGGUGGAAUAUCACAUAUUUGAUUAAGACGAGAAUCAAUAAGGGUUUUUGGAGAAACCGUUGGAACGCUGUCACGCCUAUUGCUAGUCCAAUAGACACAGUGAAUCUCCCGGCAGCCUUGGAAAAUUUAAAUGUGGAUCCUUCCACAAAUAACUUCUUCUUUGGAACUGGACUAAUGAAUGCACAGGAAUGCUGGAAAUGUUAUUGGAAGGGAAAAACGUGCAAAGAAGGUUCAAAAAGAAAGGAGAUUCUAGCAUGCAUCAAGUUAUCCGGUGUUAACGCUAGAAAACUUUGUCACGACGACAAAUUUUCGUGUUUCGUCACAGUCGACCAUCCAGGUCAUAUACACAUUAUGAAUUUAAUGUGCAGCAACUCUUCAUAG